AUGUCGAACUUAGUACAUGAAAAAGUUUGGUUGGACAAAAACAUCUAUGGUGAUGCUGAAAGAAAUUACUAUGAGUCUUUGUCAAAGGUCCAAGCUACUCCACUUUCAGUAGCUCGAUCUUCUUUGGCCAGCGAAGUUGCUAAAGCUAGACAACAUAUCAAAGAAUCAUUAGAAUGUAUGGACAGUGUCGCCACCUUAGCAGGAGUUCCUAACACAGAGUUGACUACCAAAGUCAACAGUCUAGAGAAAGAAAACAGUGAUCUGAAGAAGGCUAUCAAUGAUUUGCGCAACCUUGUCAUUAGCCUUCAGGCUCGAGUUGAAACACUGGAAUCAACAGGUGGUGCUAAAACUCAACCUGCCAAAGCACCAGCACCUACCCCAGCAGCACCAGCUAAAGCACAAGAUGACGAUGAUGAUGAUGGAGUUGACCUUUUUGGCUCUGAUGAUGAAGAAGAGAGUGCAGAAGCUGCAAGAAUAAGAGAGGAACGUCUUGCAGCAUACAAUGCCAAAAAAGCUAAAAAGCCAGUUCUUAUUGCCAAAUCUAAUAUCAUAUUAGAUGUAAAACCAUGGGAUGAUGAAACUGAUAUGGCUGCUAUGGAGAAAGCUGUAAGAGAUAUUGCCACUGACGGUCUUUUGUGGGGAGCAGCUAAACUUGUACCACUGGCAUAUGGAAUCCACAAGCUACAAAUAUCUUGCGUUGUUGAGGAUGACAAAGUUUCCAUUGAUUGGUUAACUGAAGAGAUUGAGAAAAUUGAAGACUUUGUUCAAAGCGUGGAUAUUGCAGCUUUUAAUAAAGUGUAA